UAUUAGAGCCACAGUUUCUUGCAGUCUCUGCACACAAGCACUCUGAUGCCUCAGUGCUGGCAUUAUCCCAUCUUUAGCUAUCUAAGACUGAUUAAGUUCACUGGAUGCAGCUAAAACAUCCAGCAAUUCAGCCAAUCCCAGUCAGGCUGGAAGAACAGACAUUAACCCUCCAUAUACUGUGCCAGGGAGGGAGCUGCAGUGUCAUCUCAGGCGUGCCCAGCUGGAAGGGACACAGAGAGUUCUAAUGUAUCCACCCUGUGUGCUUAAGAUGGAUAUGACAGCCUGAAACACUUAUCCAGUGUGGGACAGGAGGGACUGCUCACUCGUAGCUUCUCUGCAGUGUAUUAAUAAACGAAGAGUCUGUGCAGAUGCCAUGUCCAAUUUAGAAGAGGAAGACAAGAAUUCACAAGAAGUAAGGGUAAGGCAAGAAUCUCCAGUAUAUCAUCCAUCAUCUCCUUUAACUCCUGAGCCCCCGUCCCUGGAGGAAGUGGGGGUGCAUUUCCAGCUCUGUAUUGCAGCUGUGGAAGAUCUUGAAAGGGAGCGAGAGGAACUUAUUAGAGAGCUGACAUUGCUUCGGGAGCCCACUUUGGAGGCAGUAUGUCAGGCACACGAGGAGGUGAUACAAGCAUUUGGACAGAAGGCUCGAGUGGAACUUGAAAUGGACACCUUGAGAGAAGAGGUUCGGACAAUACGACAAAGGCUGUUCAGGGUGACCCGGGAGUGUGUCUCAUAUCAGUAUCAACUGGAGAGGCAGCGCCAGGAACAGGAGCAGAAUUUGACUAAGAGGAGUAACCUUGAAACCCUUGCUACCCGUUUGUCAGAGGAACUUGACCAGCUUCGUGAUAGCUUUAGUCAGCAACGUGAGGGGGCACAACGACGACUAAGAAGACCUAGCACAAGGAAUGUGCCCAGAGAGCUGCAAGAAAGAAGACGCCUCUCAGCAGAGUUACAAAGCUUAACUGAGGAGCAACACAACUCCCUGGAAGAACAGUAUGAGCCCAGAUUGUUACAACUCCUACAACGGAAUGAGAAUGGAGUUAGGGCACUGCAUGUGGCCCAAGAGGAGUUGCAGAAGUUGCGAGAGGACUGCAGACCACUGGAGGGAGAGGCCUGUCGGCUUCGAGUCCAAAAGAGCAGUUUUCAAGAACAGAUUGUGAUGCUCAAAAGAAAGAGGGAAGAAGAAGUACUGCUGUUUCGGAUUCAGGAACUAGAGGAUAGAAGGAGAGAUAUAAAGACAUCCGUUCAGUUGCAGCAGCAGAAGAACAAAGAGAUAGAGGAAUUACGGAAGAGCUUGGCCCAUGAACUGGCAAUCUACAAGGGAUGCCUUGAAAUAUAUGGACAACUCUUUAAAUCGGUAACAAAAAAAGAAUGAAUCUCCUGUUGAAGGCCACCUCCGACGCCUGUCUUUUCACUUAAUCUGUCUUUAAAGAAAAGGGAUAUUUGCUACUACAAGUUAUAUCUUAAAAAGCAAGUUGAGCAAAUGUCAAGAAGUGUUUGUAAAAGUCUAGUGUAGACUUAUUUUCCAUGGACAUGAAUAUAUGGAAAAUGUACCUAGGAGGGGAGAAGGCACACGCAAGUCCAUUUAAUCAAGAGGAGAAUUGAGUUACGGACUUACGCUAUUGUAUAAAGUCUGUGUAUUGCACAUCGUAACCUGGUUAGAGGAAAAAUAUUUUGCCAGUUCCUUAACUUCAUGACAAGCUGGAAGCCUUUAAUAACAAAAAGUUCUACUUCUCACACUAUAAUUCCUCUGGCCUUUUCCCCCAUCUACCAAGGUCUCCAGAAAUGGACUAUACCAUUGAUGACCAGAUAUAUACUAUUUAGAAUUUAACCCUUGAAAGUGAACAGGCGCAAAAAAAAAAAAAAAAAUCAGCCCUGAUAUUUAAUGACAGGACAUAGAUUACAAUCAGUUCUUUGGUAAAAAAUUGAUAUGUUGUUAAGUGAAUGCAAAUAUAUGUAGGUCUAAAAGUUGGAUGUUGCAAUGACCUUCAAAGGGGAAAGCUAUAUAAAAUAAAAUUUUAAAAAAAAUCAA